AGAGUAUCAAAGGUACUAAAUCGAACAAACGUUAGGUCAACGAUGAACGCUAUUGUCUACAAAGAUUAUACUACACAGAUAUUUUAAUUUCUAUGGAGGAGCAAGUUGAGGUUAUGUUGGAUUUACGUCUGAUGAUAUAUUGCUAGGUGGACCACUGUUUGGAAUGAGCGGCUGUGUGUGAGCAGUGAGCCACCGGGCUACCAUGGUCCUGGUAUUGCUGCCUUGCACAGCAUGGAGGACAGCAACCAGACUGCCGCUAGCACUGUCCACCACCGCCCAUACUGUCCUGUUGCAGUAUGUGGGUAAGUCAUCAGCACCAACCUCAUCUGCAGUUGUUGCAAAACCUAGACAAACAGCUUCCCUCAAGCAAGAACUGCCAGUGUUGGCCGCAAAUGGUGCCGUUUCUACGGUAAUCUCCCCUUCAACAACAAAGAAAAACAAAGCAGCAAAUGUAGAAGAAGGCAAGCAAUGGCGUGCAAUAACUGUGGAUUCAGCAAGCCUUGUAAAGCAUUACAUGAUGCUUUCAAAAAUACGACUUACAUCUCUUGUUGUAAUAACGUCUAUGGCAGGAUAUGCCAUGGCCCCAUCGCCAUUCAGUUUUCAGACAUUCUUCCUGUGUUCUGGCGGAACAUGUCUGAUGUCUUGUGCCGCAAAUUCAGUAAACCAGUUCUUUGAAGUGCCUUUUGACUCGCAGAUGUCCAGAACAAAAAACAGAGUCUUAGUCAAAGGUUUGCUAACACCAUUACACGCCGUGACAUUCGCUGCCGUGUGCAGCACUGUAGGACUGUCUGUUCUAUACUGGGGGGUCAACGAGUUGUCGGCCGGACUGGCUGCCAGUAACUUGGCCCUCUACACCAUGGUGUACACUCCCAUGAAGAGAAUCAGCAUCCUCAACACUUGGGUCGGCUCAGUUGUUGGGGCAAUCCCGCCGAUGAUUGGCUGGGCUGGGUGUGACGGCACCCUCGGGCCUGGAGCGUGGGUGAUGGCUGGCAUACUGUACGCGUGGCAGUUCCCCCACUUCAACGCUCUCUCGUGGAACUUGCGGCCAGACUACUCACGAGCGGGAUACCGCAUGAUGUCCGUCACCAACCCAGGCUUGUGCAGACGAACUGCUCUGCGAUACACUUUUGGAUUAGCAGGCUUGUCGAUUGCUUCCCCAUUGCUGGAUGUUACUACAUGGACUUUUGCAGUGGGCUCUUUGCCUUUGAAUGGCUACUUCAUUCUUUUAGCCUGGCAGUUUUAUCGUAAUGCUGACAGCCAAAGCUCCCGCAAGUUAUUUAGGUUUUCGCUAAUCCACUUGCCUGCUCUGAUGCUUCUGUUACUAAUCAGCAAGAAACACUGGGCAAGAUACGAACAAGACUCUUCAACAAGAAAGAUGGGUGAGACUACAUUGGCGUGAUAUCCAAUCCCACACACAGCUGUUGCGUGAAAGUUUAGCAGUGUGGCCAAUAUUGUACAUAACUCAUACACUAGUAACUUAUAGAUGUGUUUGUUAGGUAUGUUAAGUUCAAAACAAAUUAUGUCCACGAGCGUUCUGGCAUUUAAACUGAACUUAACUAAAGCACAUAAUGUCACACACAAUACCAUUGCAAGAUUUUUUUUUAUGUUGAUAAAAAUGAGUAUGUCUUUAUUUGUGUGUUCACUCAAGUUAACUUGACACAGUCAACUUGACAAAUCAUUUUCAAAAUACUUAUGACUAGUGACAAGAUUGUAUGGUUUUAUUGUUAGGUAAAUUUGGUUUUUAAAGCAAGAGAUUUCUUUGUUAUUGAUUUUAUUUUUAAAUGUUUUUAUUCAUAAAUGUGGAAUACUUCUUUCAUCAAAAUAGUUUCAUUUUGUCUGGCACAUGAUUCACUUAUACAGUGAAAUAAUUUGUAAUAAGCAUGUCUAGAACAUAACUACUCAGAAAAAUAAAACUGUGAAUUUUUGUGUGUUUGAAAAAUAUGCUAACAUGAUUAGUGUUUAAUUUGUAACUUCUAAUAAGAGCUGCAAGAUCAAAAAACAUUAAAUUUUUUCCAAUCUAUUUAUUUUAUACAUUAUGGUACAAAAUUAAUUCUAAAUAAUAACAUUCAAUGAAUUUACUAUAAUAAAAAGUAAAAGUUUUGUGGUUUGAGUUAAGUAUUGACAAAUUUCAUAUUGAAUUCCUGUUUUUAGUUGCAUUUUGAAGGGUGUUCAAUUAACUUGCAUUUGGCAUGUUUUGUUGUGUUAUUUCUGUUUUAUCACAAUUCAUCAUAUAUCAUAUAGUCUUGUCCAUACUUAUAGUUCAAUGAGUGUCUUGUACUUGUACUAUCACAAAGGUUAUAGCUAUGUCACAUGGCUUUUGGCAUAAGAACCAAUACCACUAACCAAUACAACUGUGUUGUUCUACAAGGUUAUAUGCACGUACAAAUGUUAAGAUUUUAUUGACUACUAAAUAGUUGUGUUUUCAGGAAAAUAAUAUCAAUGAGACUGUUAGGUAGGUAACUCAAUCUUGACAGUCCAGUAUAUAUUUUUUAUUCAAAGUGGCACUGUAGCUAAUAUUAAUAGCUUGUUGUGAAAGUUGAAUGUUACAUUAAGUACAUAAUUUUAACUAUAGUGGCUACAGUACUUUGAUAUGCAAGUCAUACUUAUUUUAAAAAAAAUGUAUAUACUUGUACUAUAGCUUUACAGCAGACAUUAUUCACAGUAGGCCUAUUUAAAAUUUGUAAUAGAGUGACAUUAGUGUGUUCCGAAGCUUGUGAUGUUUUUUUGGUAAUCAGUAUUUUUGUAUUAGUCUGGAUUUCCUGGCUUUUUAAUUGUAUUUUCUCAUAUGGAGAGUUCUGUUUGCAACUUAUACAUAUAUUUAUGCUGUGCUAUUUACUGUGAUAGUUAUGUUCCUAUCAUCCCUAUGCCCUUGGAUUUAAUUACUAGAAGGAAAAAAUUAUUAAUAUAUGUAUUUUUUUUCUACCAAUGCCAUACUUGUUGGACUUGUCUGCAAACAUUAACAAGAAGCAUGUGGAGACAUGUUUUGCACCCUUUCGAGUUACGAAAUGCAGCACUCUUCCUGUACCCAAAGUUGUAGAAAAUAUAUAUAAAUUUAAAUUAAAAAAUAGGUGAAAUUGAGAUCUAUUCUCAAUUAAUUUGUGAAUUCUGUAUAUAUGUAAUAUAUUCACCCUAUUUUACUUGUCUUGUUUCGGGUAUAUUUUUGUUAUGAAUGUAAGUACUUUCACAUCACUGUGAACUAAAUAUACUGUUUAUAAAAAUGUUA